AUGGCUUCUAUCGCGUCGCUCAAACGUCUACCUCGACUGGCGCCGCUUGCGCUCGUCGGCGUCGUCUUCGCGGUCGUCUCCGCGGCCCUCCUCCCCACCGGCGACGCAAUCCGCAUGGCCGCGUCGUCCGAUCCGAUCAUCCUCAAGUCGCAGCGUACGUGUCGGUCCGCCAUUGGCUGGGAUCCUUUGCUCAGAAACUUCAAGCAAUUGGACGUUCUCCGUCAGCUCGGCGCGCAGUCGGGAAGCGAGUUUGAGUUCUCCAAGUCGUGGACAGCAAGCGGCGCGCCCCUCAAGUGCUCCAAGUACCAGGGAGUGACGUGCGACGCGGAGGGAAAAAUCGUCGCCAUCAACGCCACGUCUGCCCGCCUCGUGGGGCCCAUCGACGCUCUCUCCACGCUCGACCAGCUUCAAAGCCUCGAUUUGAGUUACAACGGCGGCGUGGAGGUGCUGCCGCAGUCGUUCACCAAGCUCAAGAAGCUCAUUCACCUCAAGCCCGAUGAGGUAGUCUCACUGCCUCUCUCCCCUUCUCCCCCCAUCUCCCGCAUCCCUCCCCCCCCAUCUCCGCCCCUCCUCCCUCCCAUGCGGCGUGGCAGCAACCUGGCUGGAACAGGGGAGGACGGCGUGGGAGGGGCCUUGCCGGGCAGCACGUGUAUAACCAGGUCUCCCUGCGUCUCCGCCCUGUCUCGCCCCAUCUCCCCCUUUCCUCCCUUUGAACCGCCUUGGCAGCAACCUCGCUGGAACAGGGGAGGACGGCGUGGGAGGGGCAUUGCCGGCCAGCUUUGCCAACCUGAAAAAACUCAAAGAGCUUCUUUACCCCACUCUCUUGUUGCCUGCCUCAACCUUACCCUCUCAUCUUCCCCCUCUCCUUCCCCCAGCUAUCUGCGCAACAACCGCUUCAGCGGGCCACUACCGGAUUUCAUUGCUCACUCUCUGCCCUCCCACCUCCCUCCCACCUCCCUCCCACCUCCCUCCCACCUCCCUCCCACCUCCCUCCCACCUCCCUCCCACCUCCCUCCCACCGCCCUCUCACCGCCCUCCCUCGCACCGCCCUCUUACCACCUCUUUACUUCCCUCCACCUCUUCGCCUUCCCUCUUUUCCCACAUCCUCGGUCUUCCCCCUACCUCGUUCACAUCCUGUGCAGAUCCCUGUCAGACACGCGGCUGUUACUGCCGUGUUACCACCCACUUACCUCCCCCCUCUUCCCCCUCCCCUCCUUCCCCUCUCCCCCCAGCUCCCUGUCCGACACGCGGCUGUACGGCGAGGUGCCCAAGGCGCUUGGAGGGCUCGUGAAGCUCAGAGAGCUGUACCUCAACAACGGAUGGUACUACGGCCCCCUGCCUGAUCUGAGCGCCCUCAAGCAGCUCACCCUCAUGUACGCCUCUCUCUUUCUUUCUCAACCAGCUUUUCCCGCCUGCUCACUUCUUCCCCCCUGGUGCUUAUCUUUCCAACUCUUUCACAUUCCCUGCCCGUGUGCUCACUUGUCUCUUUGCACCCCUCCCAUCUAUCUGCCUUCUCUCAUUCUUUUCCUCACCUGCUCCUGUCCAACACUCCUCCACUCCCCUCCCCGCCCCUCCAGUGAUCUCUCGGGCAACUACCUCUCAGGUCCCAUCCCGGCCUUCCUGCAGCGGGUCAAGAAAGUCAACGCAGCUGACAAUUACUUCUCCGGUUCAGCCUCCUCCCUUCCCUGCUCCGAUGAUUUCUCCGUCACCGGCAACUGCCUCUCCUCCGUGCCCUCCAAGUGCGGGGGCACCGCCGGCCAGAAGACCACGCAGGAGUGCAACAAGUUCUGUGGGUCCGCAAUGGCUGCAGGGGCGUGCAGCGGCAAGGGCGUGUGCGUGUUGGACGUGGCUCAGCUGCUGAAUACCCAAGCAUAUGUGCCCAUGUGCAAGUGCCAGUCGGGGUACUGGGCCUCUCACCAAAAGCUGCGCUGCUCCAAGAACAACAAUUGA